GCAAAACCUAAUUGGAAUUGAAACUAAAUUUCAAAAAAAAAAGAAGCUAAAUUCCGAAAAUAGAGAGGGAAAUAAUGGACCUGGAAGAUGAGCAAGAGUACGAGCAGCAAAUGGAGGAGGAGGAGGAUGACGAGGAAGAGAUUACUCAGGAGGACGCUUGGGCUGUCAUCUCCGCCUACUUCGAAGAGAAGGGACUUGUUCGCCAGCAGCUCGAUUCUUUCGACGAGUUCAUCCAAAACACUAUGCAGGAAAUCGUGGACGAAUCUGCCGACAUCGAAAUCCGCCCCGAAUCCCAGCACAAUCCCGGUCACCAGUCCGAUUUUGCAGAGACUAUUUACAAAAUCAGCUUCGGUCAGAUUUACUUGAGUAAGCCCAUGAUGACUGAGUCUGAUGGUGAAACUGCUACCUUAUUCCCCAAGGCAGCUAGGUUGAGGAACCUCACCUAUUCGGCUCCUUUGUAUGUUGAUGUCACCAAAAGGGUUAUCAAGAAAGGCCAUGAUGGUGAAGAAGUCACUGAGACACAGGAUUUCACCAAAGUCUUCAUUGGCAAGGUUCCUAUUAUGCUCCGGUCUAGUUAUUGCACAUUGUACCAGAAUUCGGAGAAGGAUUUGACUGAGCUUGGGGAGUGCCCCUAUGAUCAAGGUGGAUAUUUCAUUAUCAAUGGUAGUGAAAAGGUUCUGAUUGCUCAGGAGAAGAUGAGCACCAAUCAUGUAUAUGUCUUCAAGAAGAGGCAGCCUAACAAGUAUGCCUAUGUUGCGGAGGUCCGCUCUAUGGCAGAGUCUCAGAAUAGACCACCCAGUACUAUGUUUGUUCGCAUGUUGUCUAGGGCAAGCUCCAAAGGGGGUUCUUCAGGACAAUAUAUACGUGCUACUCUUCCAUACAUUCGAUCAGAAAUUCCAAUCAUUAUUGUGUUUCGAGCAUUGGGCUUUGUUGCUGACAAAGAUAUACUUGAACAUAUUUGCUACGACUUCUCAGACACUCAAAUGAUGGAGUUGCUUCGUCCAUCCUUGGAAGAAGCAUUUGUGAUUCAAAAUCAGCAGGUUGCACUUGACUACAUUGGGAAAAGAGGAGCAACUGUAGGUGUAACUAAGGAAAAGAGAAUUAAGUAUGCCAAAGAGAUCCUCCAAAAGGAGAUGCUUCCUCAUGUUGGUGUUGGAGAAUAUUGUGAGACAAAGAAAGCAUACUAUUUUGGAUAUAUCAUUCACCGGCUACUUCUGUGUGCUCUUGGACGGAGGGCUGAAGAUGAUAGGGAUCAUUAUGGCAACAAAAGGCUGGACCUGGCUGGGCCUUUACUUGGUGGUCUCUUUAGAAUGCUAUUCAGAAAGCUUACUAGAGAUGUCAGGGGCUAUGUGCAGAAGUGUGUUGAUAAUGGGAAAGAUGUCAACCUGCAAUUUGCUAUCAAAGCAAAAACCAUCACAAGUGGUCUUAAAUACUCACUUGCUACUGGUAAUUGGGGGCAAGCAAAUGCUGCGGGUACUAGAGCUGGAGUAUCACAGGUGUUAAAUAGAUUAACUUAUGCUUCCACUUUGUCUCACUUGCGAAGAUUGAAUUCUCCCAUAGGGCGUGAAGGCAAGUUGGCCAAGCCAAGGCAGCUGCAUAAUUCACAAUGGGGAAUGAUGUGUCCUGCAGAAACACCUGAAGGACAAGAAAUUUCUCCUGCAGUUAUUCCCCAAGCUACCAAAAUUUUUGUAAAUGGUUGCUGGGUGGGCAUCCAUCGUGAUCCCGACAUGUUGGUCAGAACGUUGAGAAAGCUGAGACGCCGGGUUGAUGUUAAUACUGAAGUUGGGGUUGUUAGAGAUAUCCGUCUUAAAGAAUUGCGUAUAUAUACAGAUUAUGGUCGCUGCAGUCGUCCUCUAUUCAUUGUGGACAAGCAAAGGCUACUUAUAAAAAAGAAGGACAUUCAUGCUUUGCAACAGAGGGAAUCCCCGGAGGAGGGCGGAUGGCAUGAUCUUGUGUCCAAGGGCUUCAUAGAAUACAUAGACACAGAAGAAGAAGAGACAACUAUGAUUUCCAUGACUAUUAAUGAUCUUGUGCAAGCAAGACUUAAUCCAGAAGAAGCUUAUGCUGAUACUUAUACUCAUUGUGAAAUCCACCCGUCACUGAUUUUGGGUGUUUGUGCUUCUAUUAUACCAUUUCCUGAUCACAAUCAGUCUCCACGUAAUACAUAUCAAUCUGCUAUGGGAAAACAAGCCAUGGGAAUUUAUGUAACCAAUUACCAAUUUCGAAUGGAUACCUUGGCAUAUGUAUUAUAUUAUCCUCAGAAACCACUGGUGACAACAAGAGCAAUGGAGCAUCUACAUUUUCGGCAGCUCCCUGCUGGAAUUAAUGCCAUUGUGGCCAUUGCCUGUUAUUCUGGUUAUAAUCAAGAAGAUUCUGUCAUCAUGAACCAAUCAUCAAUAGAUCGUGGAUUCUUCCGGUCUCUGUUUUUCCGAUCAUAUAGAGAUGAAGAGAAGAAGAUGGGAACCCUUGUCAAAGAAGAUUUUGGUCGUCCAGAUAGGACCAACACCAUGGGUAUGAGGCACGGUUCUUAUGAUAAGCUGGAUGAUGAUGGCCUUGCACCACCAGGCACACGUGUAUCUGGUGAGGAUGUUAUUAUUGGAAAGACCACCCCAAUAUCUCAGGAAGAGGCACAGGGACAAGCUGCACGUUACACAAGACGUGAUCACAGCAUAAGCUUACGGCAUAGUGAAACGGGUAUUGUUGAUCAAGUUCUUCUGACAACAAAUGCUGAUGGAUUAAGAUUUGUGAAAGUGAGGGUGAGAUCUGUUCGGAUACCACAGAUUGGUGAUAAAUUCAGUAGUAGACAUGGUCAGAAGGGGACAGUUGGUAUGACUUACACGCAAGAAGACAUGCCCUGGACCAUUGAAGGCAUCUCCCCUGACAUUAUUGUCAAUCCACAUGCUAUUCCUUCUCGUAUGACUAUUGGCCAGCUUAUCGAGUGUAUCAUGGGGAAGGUAGCAGCACACAUGGGAAAGGAAGGAGAUGCAACUCCUUUUACAGAUGUUACUGUUGACAACAUCAGUAAAGCUUUACAUAAAUGUGGGUACCAAAUGCGAGGUUUUGAGACCAUGUACAAUGGUCAUACAGGGAGGCGGCUAUCUGCUAUGAUUUUCUUGGGUCCUACAUAUUACCAAAGACUGAAGCAUAUGGUUGAUGAUAAGAUCCAUUCUCGUGGACGAGGUCCUGUGCAGAUCUUGACAAGGCAACCUGCUGAAGGACGCUCACGUGAUGGAGGUCUCCGAUUUGGGGAAAUGGAACGAGAUUGCAUGAUAGCCCAUGGAGCCGCGCACUUCCUAAAGGAGAGAUUGUUUGAUCAAAGUGAUGCAUAUAGGGUUCACGUGUGUGAGAAAUGUGGGUUGAUAGCUAUUGCUAACCUCAAGAAGAAUUCUUUUGAGUGCAGGGGGUGCAAGAACAAAACUGACAUUGUUCAGGUUUACAUUCCUUAUGCUUGUAAGCUGCUCUUCCAAGAGCUCAUGGCUAUGGCGAUUGCUCCAAGAAUGCUUACGAAGGAAGUCAAAGCUGCGAAAGAUCACAAGAAGAAAGGAGCCUGAUUUCAACCAAGUUGAAUUCCAUUGGAAGUGAGUCUAGUGAGUAGAGUUUCAUUGAUCUCAUGUUACUUUUUGAUCUUUCAUAAGGAUUGAUCUUCUCCUAGCAAACUAGUGUUUUGUACAUAUAGUGGAACAGUUCUCU